AACAGCAUCAGUAGAGAGCGAAGUGGAGGAGAGAGACCGCAGUGAGGGAGCAAGCUGCCAACUGGACAGAGCCAAAGAGAGAGAGAGAGAGUAGAAGAAGAAAGAAAAUAAAAAGAGAACAAGUGUGUCACAUGUUUUCCGAUUAGGGAUCAUCUCUGAGUAAAACAUGUGUUUGAUAUUUUUCUAGUAUGGAUUAUGUUUCUUUUUUCUCCAACACUGGCUUCAUCGCUCCAGUGGCUUCAGUGGAAUGUGCGCUGUAGAUUCUCCGGGACGCAGCUGAAAAGCAAGACCGUGGAGCUAAAAUAGAAAAGAAAAAAUAAUUAUUCAGUCAACAAAAGUCUUUAUUUUGCCCCUGUUCUAUUGGGACAUUUUUCCUGGAUCCUUUGCGCAUUUUUGGAGACUUUUACGCAUUUUCUGGAGACUUUUACGCAUUUUGGAGACUUGUACCUCGCGCUUGAAAUGUGUGAUGGGAAAUGACAUUUUGUGCACCUACAGGGGAUAACGAGGUGUAUGGUCUUUUUUCUGCCUAAGUGCACUUGUUUUUCCGGCGAUGAUUGUGCUCGUGCUUGCCCUGUGCCUCGCGGAUGGAGCGCUUUCUCAGAUUCGCUACUCUGUGCCGGAGGAGGCAGACCACGGUACCUUGGUGGGGAAUAUCGCCGAAGACCUGGGUCUGGACCUUACCAAGCUGGCGUCGCGCCGCUUCCAAGUGGUGCCCAGCUCUCGCUCGCCAUAUCUGGAGGUGAACCUGGAGAACGGCGUCCUGUUUGUGAACGAGAAAAUCGACCGGGAGCAGAUAUGCAAGCAGAGCGCCAGCUGCCAGCUCAACAUGGAGGUGUUCCUGGAGAAUCCGCUGGAGCUGUUCCGUGUGGAAAUCGAGGUUGUGGACAUCAACGACAACCCACCCAGCUUCCCGGAGACGGACAUCACGGUGGAGAUCUCAGAGAGCGCCACUCCGGGCACCCGCUUCCCGCUGGAGAGCGCAUUCGACCCGGACGUGGGCUCUAACGCAUUACGCACGUACGACAUCACCACUAACAACUACUUCUACCUGGAUGUGCAGACCCAAACGGACGGGAACAAGUUCGCGGAGCUGGUGCUGGAGAAGCCAUUGGACCGGGAGCAGCAGGCGGCGCACAGGUACGUGCUGACCGCGGUGGACGGCGGUCAGCCGCCGCGGACUGGCACCGCGCUGCUGGUUGUUAAAGUGCUGGACUCUAAUGAUAAUGUGCCAGUUUUUGACCAGCCUGUCUAUACAGUAAGUCUCUCUGAGAACGCACCAGUGGGCACGCUGUUAAUUCAACUGAAUGCCACCGACCUGGACGAGGGACUGAACGGGGAAGUGGUUUACUCCUUCAGUAACCACAUCUCCAGUCGCGUAAAGGAUCUGUUCAGCAUUGACCCGCGCACCGGGCGCAUCGAGGUGCGUGGAGAGGUAGACUUUGAGGAGAGCAGCAUCUACCAGAUUUUCGUCCAGGCCAAGGAUAUGGGGCCAAACGCCGUCCCCGCGCACUGCAAAGUGCUGGUCAAAGUCUCUGACGCCAACGACAAUGCGCCGGAGAUCACCUUCAGCACCGUCACAGAGUCCGUGAGCGAGAAAGCGGCUCCGGGCACAGUGAUCGCUCUCCUCAGUGUGACAGACCGGGACGCGGAGGAGAACGGCCAGAUCAACGUGGAAAUCCUCGGUGACGUCCCUUUUAAAUUAAAAACCUCCUUCAGGAAUUAUUUCACCAUAGUGACAGACGGGCCGUUGAACCGAGAGCAGGCGGAGUCCUACUCGGUCACUGUGGUUGCGCGGGAUAAAGGGACUCCCCCACUCACCACCAGUAAGUCUAUCAGAGUCCAGGUGUCAGACGAGAACGAUAACGCGCCCACUUUUACGCAGCAAAUCUAUGAUGUGUAUGUGACAGAGAAUAACGUGCCAGGGGCGUACAUACACGCUGUGACGGCCCUAGACUUAGACGUGGGGCAGAACGCGCUCAUCAGCUACUCCAUAUUAGAGUGUGACAUUCAGGGGAUGUCAGUCAAAACGUAUGUGUCAAUCAAUGAAGAGACAGGAUAUCUGUAUGCACUCAGGUCUUUUGAUUAUGAGCAGCUGAAGGAUUUCACGUUCAUGGUCCAGGCCAACGAUGCGGGCACCCCAGAGCUUUCCUCCAAUGCCACAGUCAAAGUCAUCAUUGUGGACCAGAAUGAUAACGCCCCAGUGGUGCUGGCCCCCGUGGGGAAGAAUGGCACAGCCAGGGAGCCACUGCCCCGCUCGGCUGAGCCAGGCUACCUGGUGACCCGCAUAGUGGCCAUGGACGCGGACGAUGGCGAGAACGCCCGGCUGUCCUACAGCAUCCAGCGGGGGAACGAGAAUGGCAUGUUCAGGAUGGACUGGAGGACGGGCGAGCUCCGCAUUGCAAGGCGUGUGUCACCCAAGCGAGACCCCCACCAGCUAUACGACCUGCUCAUUGAGGUGAGAGACCAUGGCCAGCCACCACUGUCUUCCAGUGCCAGUGUCAUGGUGGUACUGGUGGACAGUGUGGUGGAAGGCCACGGCGGUGCUGACCGAGGAAGCAGUGCCAAGGCCAAAGAUGGCACCCUGGACCUCACGCUCAUCCUCAUCAUCGCCCUGGGCUCAGUCUCCUUCAUCUUCCUCCUGGUCAUGAUUGUGCUGGCCGUGCGUUGCCAGAAGGACAAGAAGCUAAACAUUUACACGUGCCUGACCAGCGAGUGCUGCCUGAGCUGCAGCUCCUGCUGCUCUCAGCAGAGCCGGGCCCGCAAGAAAAAGCUCAGCAAGUCAGAUAUCAUGCUGGUGCAAAGUGCUGUAAACGUGAGUGGAGCCAGUACAGCGCAAGUCCCCGUGGAGGAAUCUGGAAGCUUCAGCUCCCACCACCAAAACCAGAACUAUUGCUACCAGGUAUGUCUGACACCAGAGUCUGCCAAAACCGACCUCAUGUUCCUAAAGCCACGUAGUCCGUCUAGGAGCACAGACACCGAUCACAACCCGUGUGGGGCCAUAGUGACAGGGUACACAGACCAGCAGCCUGACAUCAUAUCAAAUGGCAGCAUUUUAUCAAACGAGGUCAAACACCAACGUGCUGAGCUCAGCUACCUGGCUGAUAGGCCGAGACGUGUUAACAGUUCGGCGUUCCAGGAGGCCGACCUGGUCAGCUCCAAAGACAGUGGCCACGGAGACAGCGAGCAGGGGGACAGCGACCAUGACGCCACUAAUCGAGGCCAUUCCUCCGGUGCUGAUCUGUUCUCCAACUGCACAGAGGAGUGCAAGGCUCUGGGCCACUCGGAUCGCUGCUGGAUGCCGAGCUUCAUGCCCUCUGAUGGGCGCCAGGGUCCGGACUACCGCAGCAACCUCCACGUGCCUGGGAUGGACUCUGUCCCCGACACAGAGGUAUUUGAAAGCCCAGAGCAAACGGCCGAUGUGUCAUUCUCCACCUUUGGCAAAGAGACGCCUCUCAGUCAUCAACACCUCCACCACCAUCUCCUCCAAAACCAUCACCUCAGCCACCACAGCUUCCUAGAGAGGAAAGAGUUGGAAGCUUUACUGCCUAGCUCCAGAGCUCCCUGUAACUCAGCUCAUUUAACGAGGAAAAGGAUUUGCUAGCUCCUUUCGCGUGGACAUAUCAGAAACCGCGUGACUUUGCACAAUCACUCCCCCACGACGACCAAGGCUGUAAAACAACAACGACAACAGAAGGAGCAUUAUGUCUUCAAUCCAUUUUGCCCCUCAUCGAUCCUCACCUAGCAAAAAAUUCUGAAAAUAUAAAUCACACCCAAAAUGAGGCCCCUCCCACUCCCACAACGUCCACACUGAGGGACUACGAGUUCAACCCUGCCCUGUCUGGAGUUUCAUGGAUCACUGCCGGGACUUCGGAGGCACCCCUGUCUCAGUACGACGACACAUUUGGACACGGAAGAGAGGGGGUGGACGGAGGCAGGCAGGUACACGGACAGCCUUACUAGGAGGAGCUUAUUGUCUCAGCGGGACUGAGAAUCAAACAGAGGAUGUAGAGACAGAGUCGACGGAGAUGUGAAAUAACUGGUCACUGAUUUUGCCGUCCUUUUCCAAUCUGCGUGUGCCUGUUUACAGCACGGAUGUAUACAUCUUUGAGGAGAAAAAAAAAAAUGUGAGGACUGGGACAUGGAAACUGAGGAUGAAGUGAAAUGAGAGCCAGACAGAGAAACCACCACUGAGCCCUUUAGGCAUUUGUACUCGCAAACUGAGACGCCAAAUUGUACAGGAGAAUCUUUGUGCAUUACAAAAUGCAAUACCACACUUUUAGAUUUUUCUAUUCCGUUAAUGUGGUCAGGUGUCUCUAUUCUGAUCUACGUCAAAGUUUGUAAGAAAAGAUUGUGGGCAGACUUUUUUUUAUUAUUAUUUAUGUUUUUUUUUUUUUUUUCUUUUUGUAUUUUUUCAGUUUUUUCUUUUUGUUUUUUUUUUUGUUCACCAUAUCGUGGGCUUGGACAGUGUUUGGCCUGCACUUUUCUGAUUCUGAGGUGUCCAGUAGUUUCUAUCAUGUGUGAGAAGUGUUUACUGUACUCUUUUAAAAAGUUUCAAGCUGAAUAUAAAACUCUAUAUAUAAAUCCAUCUAUAUCUACAUGUUCUGAAGGCGUUCUUAUCCAUUCGCUCAGCUCUGAUUCAGAGGUUUGAAUCCUCCUGAAGAAGAAGGCUUGCUUUUGUUGUUUGUUUUCCCAUUGGGAGACAUAAAGUCAGAACAGAACAGUAGCUCUCAUUGUUUGACAUUAUUUCAUUUUUUUUCCACUUUUGGAUAUUGAUAAAGGUCAUGUCUAUAAAUAAAAAAGGUAAUAAUUUAGAUUGAAAUCAGUGGUAAUUUUGUGUCAUUGUAACCAAAAUUUAAGGGUUCAUUUAUAAAGAAAGAGAACAAUAACACAUGGCCAAAUGCAGCAGGUGUUGUACACAGUGCAGUUGGAAUCCCGUCGACACACAUUUCUUUCUCACAUUUGCAAACACAAACACACCAAUAUGCCGACAAUAAACGGACAAAAUGGCGAAAAAAA